CCUGCUUAUCUUACGUGCAAGUAGAUUGGUCGAGUCUGGCCACUGUCGAAGUAGCUUGUUUUACCCCGGAAGAGUUCCAAGAGGCAGCAUGGUCGCCACAAGAAGCGGGGUGCGCGUGAGCUCCCCAAAUACAGAAAAAAAUGAGCCUGCUGUCAAUAUGGAGGCAACUCCUGCCACCCCAAGAACGAGGAGAAAAACCGUAAGGGAAGAACCUCAGUCCCAGUUGACUAGUGAUUCUCAGCAUGACUGCUGCGAGGAGGGCAGCACUUCCGCCUCUCGAGAAAUGAAAAGCUCCACCGUGAAGAGGAAGCCGAGGUCGUCAAAACGGCAGGUGUGCGAUGAAGACCAUCCAGACUCCAUGCACGAAGCCGAUGUCUCCGAGUCAGAGUCCUGCUGCUCUGUGGUCUCGGACCUGCAGGCCCCUGCCGAUGUGCAGGGAGCUCUCCGCAGGAGACGAGGGGCCUUGGCCUUGCCAAACCCUAGCUCUGAGAAGGACCAGGAUGUCCUCUCUGAGGCGGAGUCAUGCUGUUCCUCUGCUUCCGCCCACCGAGGAACUAGCGCUCGUAGAGCUACCAGGAGUCGUCAGAGGAGCGUGCCCGCGGAUGGUCAACCCGCCAAAUCAGCAAAUGCUACCACUGAAAACUCUGAGGCAGAAUCUUGCAGUUCUGCGGUUUCUGGGACAAAGAUGCUGACUAGGAGCCAGAGGAAGAUUACACUGUCCAGGGCUUCCUCCAAAUCACGCACAGAGGACACUGAGCUUUCUGAGGUGGACUCCUGCUCCUCCAGCCUCUCUGGCUUGCAACAGUCCGCUCUCCGCAGGUCAGCACGAUCCAGGAGAGGUACAGCUGUGCAGCCGGUUCCCAUAAACCUGGAGGAAAACGCAGAUGGCUCCCCCUUGCCCAGGAGACAAACGCGAGGCAGCAGGGCUAAGCCAGAGUCAGCCGGUGAGCCUCAGUCCCAUGACUCUGAAGGUUUUGAAUCUGGUCCAAGCAGGACACCCAGGAGAGCCACACCCAGCCGAACUGCGUCCACACAGCAAGGCCCGGUAAUUUUAUCAGAUUCAGAAUCCGAAGCAACGGACGUCUACAGCUCUCUUGGAAGCCCAAGCUCUUUAAGAGGAAAGGGCACCCCGUGUAGCAGUCGUACAGGAUCAGGAAGUAGUGUUCGGGCACUUCCAGUCCCACAGAUCACUGAAAAGGCUUUGAAUGUUCUCAAGGAACAAGAUGACUGUGAUGGUCCUGCUUCCUCUGGCCCGUUUGUCAGUGAACAGCCAAAAAGCCAGGAGGAGGGGAGGAUUGAAAGUGCAACAGCAGAUGUAUCCCUGGAUACCACUUGUCAGUCUGAAACUGUGACUGUGACUGAAACUGCUGAGCCUAAGGAAGAGGAGGUGGUUGCCAUGGUUGUUGAUUCACAGGUUAGUCCGGAAUGUUCAUUGAUCGAAGAGGUGAAUGAGGAUGAUAAGACUCUAAUAGCAGAGGAGGAAGGAUGUGUGAGUGCUGCGAAUGUAACCAUGGAAGAUAAGGUUGAACCUCAGAUGGUCGAGGAAGCUGCACUGGCCGGAGAUGUCCAGGUGGCCCUAGAGUCUACAUUGAUGGAAGAAAACCAGGAGAGUGAGAGACAGACCAGCAAAGAUGACAUAAUUACACCUGGGAUGUUGGAAGUGAAGACUGACCAAGAUGAGCAACUCCACAUAGUAGAUGAUGUAGUUCCUCCAAGCCCAGCUGUUAAGGUCAUAGUAUUCGAUGCUGCUUUGUCUGAAGAAAAAAAAGUGGAUGAUAGUGCUAUGGAAGUAGACUCCACAGUGUGUCAGAAGUUGCAAGGAGCUGAAGAGGGUGGAAGUGUAAGCGUGGGAGUAGCUGGAAAGACGGAGCCUAGCAUUGCACAAAAGGCUGAUUAUAGCUCAAUUUUGCUGGAGAGCAGCGAUGAAGAAGGUGAGGACAGUGACGGUGGACAUUCAGGCAGGGAGAGCGGGGACGAGCAGGACAGCGAAGGCUCUGACAGCGACGAGGAAAUCAUCUGUCCAGACGAGAACCUGGCUGGUCCAUCAAAAGCCCAGGCAGCUUCUCCGCUGAUGUCGAAUGAUGGAUUGUUUGUCAUAGACACACUGCCCGGCUUUCAUUCUGAUGGAAAGUACUAUUUAGAUCAGGAGAAAAUGGGUGAAGACAAGGCAGUAGUGGGAGAGGAAUCCAGUGAUAUAGAAGAUGAGGAGGAUGAAGAAUUUGUGGAUGAAGAGGGAGAUGAAGAUGAGGAUGCAGAUGAUUCUAUUCUCUUCAAAAGCAAGAGCAAAGAUCUCAUCAAGUUGUCCACCAGUAUUAAUCCAGGACUGAAAGUUAAGGAUAUUGGAGGCUUGUACAUCAGUGUUGAUGGGAGCAAAUCAAAGGGUGCUUCUAAUGCCAUGAAAAAAUUGAAAGAACAGAAGGACCAAGAUGGGGUGAUGCAGAGAAGUGUCAUUGGCCCAGAUUUUGAAAAGAAGGAGUCUGUUCCUCCUUAUAGAGAAUCCAAGUAUGCAAUGAAACUGAAGCGCAAAGAGGAGAGGGAGAAGAGUACUGGAGAUGGAUGGUUUAAUAUGAAGGCUCCCGAAAUGACGGAGGAAUUAACAAAUGACCUUAAAGUGCUAAAAAUGAGGGCAGCGAUGGAUCCCAAACGGUUUUACAAGAAGAAUGACCGAGAUGGGUUUCCCAAGUACUUCCAGGUUGGCACUGUUGUGGAUAGCCCUGUGGACUUCUACCAUUCAAGAAUUCCAAAGAAACAGAGGAAGAGAACCAUGGUGGAGGAGCUGCUUGCAGAUGCGGAAUUCAGAAAUUACAAUAAGAAGAAAUACAAGCAAAUAAUGACAGAAAAAGCAGCCCUUUCAGCUGGCAAGAAGAAUCGCAAAAACAACAAAUUCCGCAAGAAGCAGGGCAUUUGACCAGAAUAUGUAACUUUGGUAGGUUGAAGAUUCUGAAGAAAUUAAAACAACUAUCAUGCUAUAGUUUUUUUAUUGUAUAGAAAAACCUGAUUUCCAUUUUCAUUUUCAGAAUUGUUUAAAAAUAUAUGAACCUAAUAAAUAUGCAUCAACAGAAA